AUGGCCCUAAUCAUCUCGAUACCCAAAAAGGUCCAAAGAACUCUCACUACCAAAGAUUUCCGGCCCAUCCGCUUGCUCUCCUGUAUUGGUAAAACUCGAGUGAAUGGCCAACAGAAGAUUAAUGUUAAGAAUGCUAACAUUCUGGAACAAUGCCAGCUGCUGGACUGCCGGCAACACGCGUUCCGAAAAGGGAAGGGCACAGGAUCGUAUCUGGCAUCCCUGGGAGAGACACUCGAGCAGGCCAAAAGGGACCAUCUGUACACAGACAUCGCCGCUUUUGAUAUAUACAAGGCGUACAAUACUGCGUGGCGCGAGGGCAUGCUCCGGCAAUUUGCACGUUGGGGAAUCCAAAGAAACCUUGAAAACCGAACAUUCUGUGCCGGAAUCGGCGGCAGCGAAUCCGGUUUCUACACCGAGGAAAACAGAAUGCCCAAGGGAUUUGUCCUGGCGGUCACUCUCUUCUUUAUCAGUAUGAACUCGAUAUUUGCCACCCAUCCCCCCCAUAGUAGUAGUUGUGACGGGUAG